GCAACUUGACCUUCGUCAUAACUUAAACCUACACACAUAGCCCUCUUUCAUCUCUUUGCUUUCUCCCAAAUCCGAAACCCUAGUUCUCGACCUCGCCAUGGAUUCCGUCGAAUUGAAUCCUUCUUCUCAUCCCCUCGAUCAACCUUCUCCUCCUGCUUCCUCUGAAACCGUAGCUUCUCUCAAGGACGAUAACUCUGCUUCCCUCGCCCCCGAUCAGAUUCCUGCUCCCGAAGCUACCAACGGCUCCUCUAACGGCGUUACCGGUGACGACAAGAACCAAUCCGAGGACACCACAACCCGGAGGAAGCGUCGGAGCAGGUGGGAUCCUCCUCCUUCCGAGUCGGUUAACAACACGAGCGCCGAUGGUGGCGGCGGCGAUUCCGGUACUAGGAAGCGUAAGUCGAGAUGGGCUGACGACGAGCCGAAGCCGACGAUUCAGCUGCCCGAUUACAUCAAGGAGAUCGUCGGAGGUAUCGAGUUCGAUCCCGAGAUUCAGGUUUUGAACAGCAGGUUGCUUGAUAUCAGUAGGCUGCUUCAGUCUGGUAUGGCUUUGGAUGAUAGACCCGAGGGGCAGAGGUCGCCUUCCCCAGAGCCUGUGUAUGAUAACAUGGGGAUUAGGAUCAACACUAGGGAGUACAGAGCGAGGGAGAGGUUGAAUAGAGAGAGGCAAGAGAUUAUAUCUCAGAUUAUUAAAAAGAAUCCUGCUUUUAAACCACCGGCGGAUUACAGGCCUCCCAAGCUCCAGAAGAAGCUGUUCAUUCCGAUGAAGGAUUAUCCCGGUUAUAAUUUCAUUGGUCUUAUUAUUGGUCCCAGGGGGAAUACUCAGAAGAGGAUGGAGAGGGAGACUGGUGCUAAGAUUGUGAUUAGGGGUAAAGGGUCUAUGAAGGAAGGUAGGCUGCAGAAGAAGGAUAUGAAGUACGACCCUGCUGAAAAUGAGGAUUUGCAUGUUUUGGUUGAGGCUGAGACUCAGGAGGCACUUGAAGCUGCUGCUAGUAUGGUCGAGAAGCUUCUUCAGCCUGUUGAUGAGGUGCUGAACGAACACAAGAGGCAACAGCUGAGGGAGCUUGCUACCUUGAAUGGUACUAUAAGGGAUGAAGAAUUCUGUAGGCUGUGUGGUGAGCCUGGACAUAGGCAGUUCGCGUGUCCAUCUCGUUUGAAUACCUUUAAAAGUGAUGUGCUUUGCAAGAUUUGUGGUGAUGGUGGACACCCUACUAUUGAUUGCCCCGUGAAGGAUACUAAUGGGAAGAAAAUGGAUGAUGAAUAUCAGAACUUUUUGGCUGAGUUAGGAGGAACUCUCCCUGAAUCUUCUCUCAAACAGAGUACUAAUACCUUGGCUCUUGGACCGGGAAGUUCGGGGGGAAGUAAUCCUCCAUGGGCUAGCAAUGGGGGCAGUGGGGCAAGUGCGCAUCCUGGCUUAGGGUCAAAUCCAGCCAAACCCUCCAAAGAAUAUGAUGAAAAAAAUCUCUACAUUGGGUUCUUACCUACGAUGCUUGAGGACGAUGGUUUGAUUAAUCUUUUUUCACCCUUUGGUGAAAUUGUGAUGGCAAAGGUAAUCAAGGACCAUAUUUCUGGUCUGAGCAGAGGCUAUGGUUUUGUUAAGUACGCAGAUGUCCAGAUGGCCAAUUCGGCGAUACAGGCAAUGAAUGGUUAUCGGUUAGAAGGUAAAACACUUGCUGUCAGGAUUGCUGGUAAACCGGCACCGCCUCCUGGGCCCCCGGCACCUCCCCCACCUACUCAAUCUUAUCCUCCUCCACCAUCACAACCAUAUGGCGCUGGUGGGCAACUGCCAAAUCCUUCAUAUUCACCGGCUCCAGUUCCUUGGGGUCCUCCUGUUCCUUCCUAUUCUCAAUAUGCUCCUCCGCCUCCUCCUGGUUCUUACCAUCCCGUCCCUGGUCAACAUAUGUCUCCUUAUGGAAUGCACUACCCACCACCACCACCACCUCCUCAUGUGACACAAGCUCCUCCACCUGGCACUACUACUAGUGAAAGCCAGCAAAGCUUCCCACCAGGAGUACAAGCAGAGAGUGGUACUCCUCCUUCAUCUGUGCCACCAAAUGUCUAUGGUGGUUCGCUUUCAGGUGUGCCUGGACAGCCUCCGUAUAUGAGUUAUCCAUCUUAUUACACUGCUGUUCCACCUCCACCUCCACCUCCAGUGCCGACCUCGUCUGCUGAUCAUUCCCAAAGCAUGGGUAAUAUGCCGUGGGCGAACAAUCCUCCUAUGCCGUCAUCUGAUCACUCGCAAGGUCUAGGUAAUGCACCUUGGGCACCUAAUCCUCCUCUGCCACCUUCUGUUGGAUAUCCCCAGAGCAUGGGGAACGCACCCUGGGCUCCCAAGCCUCCAGUUCAGCCACCUGCAGAGAAUCCAUCCACUGUUGGAGAUUCUGAGUAUGAGAAGUUCAUGGCUGAGAUGAAGUAGCAUGUGGUGUUCUAAGGAUAAACUCCUUAGUGGAGAGUCCCACGGCUAAAGGAGCAUCUGUUCUGGUAUUCGACUCUAAUUCAUAGAAUUUGCUAGUUGGAUGAUCAAAAAUAUUUUACCAAUCUGAUUUUUUUUCAAUCUCUAUUAUUUUUCGUCUUCUUUGUUUAUUCAGUAACUCCUAACGUGUUUUCUGGCCCGCAUUUGUUUUCAGUUUCGUUUCCAUGUGACAAGAUCUAUAGUACCAGUAGCAUAGGUUCCAGAAGUUUGUCCCUCUUAUUUUUUAUUGACAUGAACCUUUUGUUUUCUUCUAUUGUCUUAACUUUUUUACAGGUGUGAUGUUUCUUGGAGCCUCCUUUUGUACCGUGAUUAUCUUACAUCUUUCUUGUUGGAAGUUUGGGACUCACGUCUUAACCCCUUGCUAUGCUGUUGUGAAAUAUGCAGAGAUUCAGGCUGGAAGCUCCCAGUUCACACUGUUUCCUUCAUAAAUGCCAUAAGAUAUUUUAUUUACUGAUAAUAAUUUAUUUUCUGUACUUUUUCAGUUUGGGAUUCGAAACUUUUGGUGGUAUUGGUGUCGACAUAUCAUAUGUCGACAUAUCAUAUCUAGUUCCUGAUACAUCUUUGGAUCAUUUGAACUUUUUUUUUGUGUGAUAGAAAGCUUUUUUAAUAAGUUAGGUGCAGACUGACCAUAGAAACCAAUGUUUUAAUUGUGUGCGCUCACGUUAACAAUUUUGGUAAGUGGUGUGAUGAUAGUAGGGAUAUUCUCAUGGGAACAUAUUCGUAUGGAGGAAGUUGCGCAUCCGUUUUUGUCCAGUUCGUUGCCAUUGGCAAACCGGAAACCUCUGUCUGAGCCAACGGUGUUACUGUAUCUUUUGUUAAGUGAAGGCGUUGUUUCGGAAGAACACAUACAUUUCUUUAGAGAACAAGAAAUUUUCUGAUAUCUAAUUAUUAUUAUUUUAAACACUGAUCUUGCAUAGAAGGUUAAAAAUAUUUUAGAUUGGAUUUUAGAUACUAUUUAUAAUUUAUUUAUCCAUUUGCUAACA